UGAACCGGAAUGAUAUGGUUUCACCUUGGGUGCAUAUCGCCGUGGAGAGGCACACGUUUGAUUUUAGAUAGAAAAUUUGACAUUCAAAUGAAAGAUAAAUGCCACUGUAAUACUGCAGCGCGUCUGACUGUUCGUCAAACAGAGAGGGAAGAUGAAACAAGACGUCAGGAUACUCUUAUUGGGGGAGCCCAAGGUGGGGAAGACAUCACUCAUCAUGUCUUUGGUUGGAGAGGAGUUCCCAGAAGAGGUUCCCUCCAGAGCUGAAGAGAUCACCAUCCCUGCUGAUGUGACCCCAGAGAAAGUGCCCACACACAUAGUGGACUACUCAGAAAAGGAGCAAACUGAUGAAGUCCUUAAAAGUGAGAUCAUCAAGGCUAAUGUGGUGUGUGUAGUGUAUGAUGUCACCAACGAGGACACGAUAGACAAGAUCAAAACUAAAUGGAUACCUUUAGUUAACGGAGAUGCAGAGAAAGGGAACAAAGUUCCCAUCAUCCUUGUGGGAAACAAGUCUGAUCUACGCUGUGGGAGCUCAAUGGAAACCAUUCUUCCCAUCAUGAACCAGUUCUCUGAGAUUGAGACAUGUGUUGAGUGUUCUGCAAAGAACCUGAAAAACAUUUCGGAGCUGUUCUACUAUGCACAGAAGGCAGUUCUUCACCCCACUGCCCCUCUUUAUGACCCAGAGGACAAACAGCUAAAACCGCUGUGUGUCCGAGCCCUAAGCAGAAUAUUCUACGUUUCCGACCAGGACAAUGACCGUAUCCUCAGUGACGCUGAACUCAACUGCUUUCAGAAAUCAUGUUUUGGGAAUCCUCUGGCACCUCAAGCCUUAGAAGAUGUGAAGACUGUAGUUUGGAAAAACACCAGUGAUGGGGUGCAGGACAACGGCCUUACCCUAAAUGGUUUCUUGUUCCUUAAUACAUUAUUUAUCCAGAGGGGCCGACAUGAAACCACAUGGACUAUCCUCAGGAAGUUUGGUUAUGACGACAACCUUGAGCUGACUGAUGAUUACCUUUACCCUGAACUACGAGUUCCUGUCGGCUGCACCACAGAGCUCAAUCAUUUAGGUCACCAGUUCCUCCAGCGGCUUUUUGACAAGUAUGAUGAAGACAAAGACUCUGCCCUGUCACCGGCUGAGCUUAGAAACCUGUUUUGCGUAUGUCCUUACAUGCCAUGGGGUGCAGAGGUCUACAUGACCGUCCCAACUACAGAUGAGGGCUACAUCUCUAACCACGGCUACCUUUGCCAAUGGACGCUCUCUGCGUAUUUUGACAUCCACCGUUGCCUGGAGCACCUAGGAUACCUAGGCUACCCUAUCCUCACUGAGCAGGAGUCACAGACUGCCGCAAUCACAGUAACACAGGAUAAAGAGGUGGACCUGGAGAAGCGCCAGACACAGCGGUCAGUGUUUCUCUGCAAGGUGAUCGGACCGCGAGGGACGGGCAAGACAGCCUUUCUCCAGGCCUUCGUGGGCCGCAACAUUGCGAAUAAGGGAAAUUCCAGCAGUGCCUUCUCCCCCUAUGCCAUAAACACUGUCCAAGUCAGCAACCAGGAGAAGCACCUUAUCCUCAAUGAGGUGGAUGUGGAGGUGGAGUUCCUGAAGGCAUCAGAUGCAUCCUGUGAUGUUGCUUGUCUCAUGUAUGACGCCAGUGACCCCCAUUCCUUCGACUAUUGUGCCAGUAUAUACAAGCAACACUACAUGGAGAGCAAAAUCCCAUGUGUGCUGGUUGCUUCCAAGGUGGACCUUCCCGAGGUCAAGCAGUUCCACGGGAUGACUCCAGCGGAGUUCUGUUAUAAACACCAACUGCCUCCACCGCUGCCCUUCUCCAGCCUGUUCCUCGACUCCACCAGCAAGAACAUCUACUCCAGGCUUGCCUGGGCAGCAGUAUACCCACACCUGAAUGGCUCAGACAUGAGCAACACAUCAUUCUGGCUGAGAGUGGCGUUGGGCUCCGCCGUAGUUGCAGUUCUGGGUUUUGCUAUCUACAGAGCUGUUUCCAGACUGAAAUGAUCAACAACCAGUUGAGCUUCUCCUUCCUCUUUUUUUUAAAAAUCCAGACGCUCCAUCGAUCCAUCCAUCAAGACCAAACCUCAGAGACCAGAUUCAGAGCCACCGCAUCAUUUUACUUUUCACCUCUAAGGCUCCCAGGAAGCUCUUCGUAUCUCUGCCCUUCCUCCCUUCGUCCUACCCUCUGAGUCAGUUGAUCGCAACAGUCCAAAAGCAGUUGGAAGCUAGUGAUCAUAUUAUUCCCCCACGCUGCUGUGUCCAGCUUUUUCUGCCUUACAUUGUCCAACCAGGUUAAGUAGGAGUUAGCCUGUCAGCUCUCAGUGCAUUGAUACACAAAGAAGUGUUCAUCCAAACAGGUGCUUUAUCAAAGGGGCGGAAAUGCAGUCGCGUCUCUAAUCUAUUGCUUUCCCCUCAAUUAUCUGUCAAGUGUUAAUGGUGAGAUUGGAGAGUUUUUAUAUACAUGCAGUGUUUCUUAAGCAUAAUACAUAAAAAUGCCAAAAUUACGAGACUGAAGAACCAAAGGGCAGCACAUGGAGCAUUUUUAGCUGAGCAAACAUCCUGAUUGGCUGCCACUGAAUCCCUUGCUGGAACUCCCCCAAUGAACUACACUCUUCUGUCUGACCAUGCCACCACAGAUACUAGAUGUUCAUAUCUGAUUUGCCAAAUACCUCCAGCAGCAAUGACUAGUCGUAGCAUGUUAAUUGGCAUAUUAUUUUGCCUGAGAAUCAAAUAUUUUAAUGUUUUUAGCAGUAAGGCCUCUACCAAUCUGCUGUGGCAGGGAGAAACGUGCAUGAAGACGAAUGGCAGUUUGUGUAUGAAUCUACAAGAAGUCAAAAAAAAAAUUCCUCCACAAGGAGGCCAAUCAAAUCUUAGAAAUGACAAAAUGUUAAAGAAAUAUCUGGUCAAUGAAU